GGCCAUCCCCCAUCGUGUCGUGUCGGCGACGUGCACAAAUCCCCCCAUUCUGCCCAACUGCAUGCCAGGACGCUGAGGAGCUUUCCCUCCCUGGCUGGCUGUACUCGAUUGGUGCCCCUUUCGCUUCGGUGGUGGUGGUUGUUGUUUUACUGGAUAUUUUAUCUUCUUACUUCUCGUCGUUCCUUUACUCAACCCCCGACUAAGCUGCGGUUCCCGCCCGUCCCACUUUUGCUUGAUCCGCGCUGAGUGCCAUCGUCAUUGCUGGCCACGACCGUAGUUUCCACGCAGCCUGGAACCUCAUUGCGAUUGAUUACUUCGACCUGCAUUCGACCUGACUAGCCCUCUGCGUGGGCAAGUUUGUGCCCCCGUAUUCCUCGACCGAGCACGCCUUUGUCCCCUCGGGAAGAGACCACUCAGCCACUGCGUGACGGUGGACCCUAUCCUGUCCUGCACUGCUGCUGGGAUAGUCUAACUGUUUUCUGUCUGAUCAUAUGGCCGAUAACAAGCGCCACAGCGUGGGAGCGAGAGCAUCUGCACAAGGACCGUCUGGAGGAACUGCGGGCCAGGGAAUGGCUGGUGCUAUGGUGCCUUUGGAGGUGGCAUUGAGCAGUGCAAUUGGCGCACGUGUUCGUAUCACCACAGCUCCGGUUGCCGCCACUAUUGAGGGCACUCUGUUCACAGCCUGUCCUAUUACGAACCUUGUUGCCAUCAAUACUGCCGACGGAAAACAGACACAUGCAGGCGAUUACCGCAUAGUCCCGGUGUCGCGCAUACAGUCUUUCCAAAUCCUUUCCCUGCCCCCGUCCAACGCCGAUGGGGCUUCCUUCUCCGAUGCCGUCCCGGCUUUGCACGCACUUGACAUUCGCUCGUUGAAGACUCGGGAGGCCACUGCCAUCAGCAAACUACAGGAGAGUGAGGCACGCCGAGGCAAAGGAGUCACUCGGGAAGCACAGGACCUUUUCGAUGCAUUCAGUCGCACAAUGCCGGCAAGGUGGGAUGGAUCCAAGAUCAUCGUGGCGGAUGCGGUCUCCAUUGCGGCUCCGUACCGUCCGGACGACUGCCGGCCCUUGGUGGCGGGUGACACGGCUGCUCUUGCCCGAGUACGCAUGGUGCUCGAGAUGGAACGCAAGAAGAUCGAACUGCGCAACGCGAGUGCAACUAUUGGGGCCGGUGCUGCUGGACAACGUAAGGGAGGCUGAAGCGUCCCCAUCUACCUCUCCAUCACCCAUUCGAAAGGCUCCCCUCUGCCUCUUGGGUACAGUUACCGGGGAUGAAAAUAUGUGUGGGAUGAGCCCACCCAGAAACGCGAUAUUAGCAAAUGCGGAAUCGGGGACCACAAGUUUUUCGAGAGGGGCCUAGCGUCACCGGGAAGGGAAGCAAGCAGGUGGUAGAAAAACGAAGGGGAGGCUUAUGACGAAGCGGGACUUGGACUUGACCGUGGCUUGGUUGUACUACGGACGUGGUGAAUCAGUCCGGAGGACGACCGGUACCACGGAUGGGUCGGAAUUGGAGCCUUGCCUUCAGGCCUGACCUUUAGAUUAUUGAUUUAGAUACAGGGGCGGCAUGAAUAUGAUGACCUACACUUCGUGUUUCGUCGGCGUGAACCGG